UUAAAUUGACCGGAAGUGGGCUCCGCCGUCACAAAAGUCCGUUUUUCCAGGGAGCGCCGCUCCGUUAUUCGGACCUGAGCCGCCGCCGGGCUUCGUCCCCUCCACCAACCGCGCGUUUUAUCACCUUCGGCGGCACGUACAGAGAGAUCCGGGCCUGUGUGGAUGUCGAGGCUCAGGGCGGCGAUGGGCAGGCGAUGAUCCGCGCUCCGAGUCGAAUCGGCGGCUGAAGAAUCGCUUUACAACGCCGACAAUAACACCGACGCUAUGUCGGGAAAACACUUCAACGUCCACGAAGUGGGCUGCUGCAUCAAAUACUUCAUCUUCGGCUUCAACAUCAUCUUCUGGCUGCUGGGGGUGGCAUUCCUCUCCGUGGCUUUAUGGGCCUGGAGCGAGAAGGGAGUUCUCUCUAACAUCUCCUCCAUCACUGAUCUGGGGGGAUUUGAUCCGGUGUGGUUGUUCCUGGUGGUCGGUGGGGUGAUGUUUGUUUUGGGUUUUGCCGGCUGCAUCGGAGCGCUGCGGGAAAACUCCUUCCUGCUCAAGUUUUUUUCCGUGUUCCUGGGGAUUAUAUUUUUCCUGGAGCUGACCACUGGAGUUCUGGCAUUCGUCUUUAAAGACUGGAUCAAAGAUCAGCUUAAAUUCUUCAUCAACAACAACAUCAGAGCCUACAGGGACGACAUCGACCUGCAGAACCUCAUCGACUUCACGCAGGAAUUCUGGGAAUGCUGUGGAGCGUUUGGGCCGGAGGACUGGAAUCUGAACAUCUACUUCAACUGCACCGAAACCAACCUGAGCCGGGAGAAAUGUGGAGUGCCGUUUUCCUGCUGCACAAAAGACCCUGCUGAGGACGUGAUUAAUACUCAGUGUGGUUAUGACAUCAGAGCUAAAGUUGAGUUGGAGCAGAAGACGUUCAUUUACACUAAAGGCUGUGUGCCGCAGUUUGAGAAGUGGCUGCAGGAGCAUCUUACAGUGGUAGCCGGGAUUUUCAUAGGAAUCGCACUGCUGCAGAUUUUUGGGAUUUGUUUGGCUCAGAAUCUGCUGAGCGACAUCGAGGCCGUGAGAGAGAGCUGUCUGUUCACCUGAUGAGCUGAACCCACUCAACUCCCCGUCGCCUGGCAACACGGCUGACACAGCCUCAUCUCGGUAUCCUAGCAACCAACGAGGAGCUCAAUUUUCAUACUUUCAUCGUCCCCCCCCCCCCUUAAAAUGGUUAAAAGUGUUACCAUGACGACAGCGAAUAUCCGGAGAUUUUGUCACUUUUUAAAAUUUGGGCUCAGAGCCUUGGAUAGAGAAAUAGUCGUCUCGUGUUCUUGUUAUAUAGACUUGUUGAAAGGCUGCAGUACACCCAGUGUCCACCGGAUGUCACUGUAGUUACAGUAUUCCCCAUGAAGAGCCGCACCAUGUUUUGUAGAACUCGAGAAAACUGCCUUCUUUCGAAGUAUUUGACAAAAAUCUCAUUUAUACAGUCCCCCCCUGUAACUCAAAUGUGCACAGACAAGACAUGUUUGCUCAUUCAUUUUAGCACCGGAGCUCUGAUGCUAAAGUGGCUAACAAGUAAUAGGAAAAGUACAGACAAGAUGAAGCUGUUGUUUUUAGCUAAAUGACUCACUUUUGUCCACUUUGAUAUGUAUCAACUCGUCAUACAGUGUCAGAAAGCAGGUCUGUUUGAGAUUACUCAGCAACUCAUCAAGGUUUUCUACAAUGCUAAUACGUUUCCAUUACCUCAGUAGGUUGCUUGUGCUUUUUAACUGUUUUGGCUUCCAGUGUUCAGACAUCGUUUGAGUGUUUUUUCCAUAGGAAUGAAUGGAGGAAUGCUCAACAUCCUGAAACUGAAUCGUUCCACUUAACACCUAUUAAGCCACCGCAGUCAGCCGAACUCCCCUUACAUCACCAUCAUACAAGUAUGAUAGCAAAACCUUAGCAACCACCAGCUUAGAACAGCAAUGGCCUAGCAAAACCUUAGCAACCACCAGCUUAGAACAGCAAUGGCCUAGAAGAACCUUAGCAACCACCAGCUUAGAACAGCAAUGGCCUAGCAAAACCAUAGCAAACACAAGCUUAGAACAGCAAUGGCCUAGCAGAACCUUAGCAACCACCAGCUUAGAACAGCAAUGGCCUAGCAGAACCUUAGCAAACACAAGCUUAGAACAGCAAUGGCCUAGCAAAACCUUAGAAACCACAUGAGAUGGCAUAGCUCUGGUCGAGCCACACCUUAGCAACCACCUGGAAUAGCAUAGAAAACAGCCUAGCAACACCCUAGCAACCACAUCGAAUAGCAUAAUGUAACUCGUAAGUCCUGGCAAGCUUAGCAAAAGUACAGACAGCACAGUUACUAUUAUUUUUAGCUAGAUGACAUACUUUGUCCAGUUUUAUAGAUAUCCACAUGUCAUACUGAGCCAGAAAGCACAUAAGCAAACUUGUCUUGGCUGACUAACUGCAUUUGCAGUAAGGAGGGAAACUGUAAAUUAGAUGUUACGCUAAACGGUUCCUUUAAAGAUCUGGUCUGGAAUCACUUCAACUGGUGGGCCAACAGAGGCCUUCCAACAACAACAAUGCAGCAAAGCCCUGCUGGUCUUCAUGAAUACUAUGACGUGUGCUAGCCAAGUUAGUAUGCUAAGUGGUGCUGAUUAAGCCAGCAUGGAGUUGCUCAGGAUUAGUCUGUUCAGCUAACUCAAAUUAUACUAUACUAUAUAUACUAUAGCUAACCUGGGAGUCCUGCAGAUAUACUCAUCCAUGGUGCUGUUAAUACAGUUUCAGAGCGGGGCUUCAGGCCCAUCAUCUCACCGUCUCUCACAACAAUCAUGCUUCUGCUUCUCUUUCUAUGAAGUUCUCGAGACGUCGCUUUCAUCAAGAUGUGAAGUGUACAUAUGAAGUCAUUUGUAAGCACUGCUUUUUUUGUGAACAGAAGUUAGGUGGUGUCAGACAUUGCCUAUUAAAUCAGUUGUGUAGAAACACACCUCGUUUCCGGUCGAGAAGAUAAAGGCACCGCAUGCGUACUGGAAUAACAUUCGACUUUCCUAAAGUGUUGAAUUAUAAUGUUCUUUUUUUUUUUUUUUUUUGUCGUGAACGACGGUAAGUAUAUCAGUAUGGACAAAAUGGAUUUUAAAUUGACCGCAAUGUAACUGUUCAGACUCCGUUCUGAAUAUCAGUCGGUCGAAUUCUGCUUUGAAUGUUAAAUGGAUUUGAAAGAUACGUUGGAAUGCAAUGCUAAUUUGUAUCCUUCUCCAGCUGAGAGCACUUUGCACUUAAGUUAGCUCAUUUAAUUAGCGUAAUUAAAUCCAAACGUUUUUGAA